GUCACUUGAACCUCCCAAGUCCCAAAGCCCCAAGGCACGACCGCACCAACACGCGCACCCGACCCGGCCAGCGACCAUGUCGUCCUCGCCGGAGCCCUCGACGCCGGGGACCCCCUCCCCGGUCCUCAGCGUCCGCAUCGUCUCGCUAGACUACUACAUGGCGCCGCCCCUCCACGGCUUCGACUUCUCCCGCAGCCCCUUCCACGGCGAGGACGUGGAGGAGGUACCGGUGAUCAGGAUCUACGGCUCCACCCCUGCGGGGCAGAAGACUUGCCUCCACAUCCACCGGGUCCUGCCAUAUUUGUAUGUACCUUGUCCAGAGGAGCUGCACCAGAAUAUAGAAAAAGGUGGUUCAUAUAUCACUGGUCUCUUGAGUAACCUUGAGAAAGCUUUGCAGAUCCAUGGUCCAUCAAAAAGGAGGCAUGUGCAUGGAUGUAACCUUGUUAGAGCAAAGAAGUUAUAUGGCUAUCAUUCACCUGAGGAUCUUUUUAUGAAGAUCUACCUAUAUUAUCCUCAUGAGGUUACUCGAGCUGCGACUCUUCUAUUGGGUGGUGCUGUUCUAAAUAGAGUAUUCCAGCCUUAUGAAUCUCAUAUUCCAUAUCUUCUUCAUUUUUUGGUUGACAACAACUUGUAUGGAAUGGGCCAUGUACAUGUCAAAGACUUCAAAUUUCGUCCUCCAUUGCCAGAUGAUUUUCAUCCUAAGUCAUCUGUUCGGAGGAAGGCACAUACAGAUAAUUCGGAAAUAAAAAAUCCAACAGUCUGGAUAUCUUCAACAGUGUCAUGUUCUUCAAUACUGAGCAGCUCUGCCGCUUCCGAUUGCUUGGGAGGAACCAAUUUGAACUUCGCCAAUCGACAGAGUUCUUUGAUGCUCGAAGUUGAUUCAAGAGUAGAAUGUAUCCUAAAUGAAAAGUAUAAGAUGUACACUUCUCUUUCGCAAACAACGGCAGAUACGAAAAUGGUUCAGUCACUUGUAGCAAUUUGGGAGGAACUUGAACGCUUAAGACUGUUGGAGGAAACAGAACAUUCCAAUCUGGGUAAACCUUUGCGGGAAGAAGCUCUUAAAAGUUUUCUUCAUGGUAUUAAGUAUGAGAGUGCCCUUUCUAUGUUGUUUUCACAAGAAGGGUCACAUCACAAAGUUUCUGCCAUAGAAGAGUCUGAAAGGCUAGAAAGGUGCUUCAAAUCAUUGACUGAUAUUAUUGGAACUGUUACAUUCUCACAGGAUGACUGCUGUGAUAAUAUUGGUGGUGGUAAUUCUGUGGGUACGAAAGAUGAGAAACAAAAUGCAAGUCUAUGCUCGGGGUCAUCAAAACGAAAUGUGCAGACUAUAUCUCCUGAGAGAAACAGUCAAUUUUUCGUGUCCGCAUCUGUAGCUCAGAGAACACUAUCUCAGUUAUAUGAUGAAGGUGAAAAGCGUGUGGAUGCUGAAGCCCUUGGACUUUUAAGUUGGCUGGCCUCCUCGCAAGCUGCAGAGGAACCAACAACUGAUGAUGAAUUGAUCAAUGAAGCCAUCCUCAGCCCUUUGUUUGCAAAGAAGUCCAUUGAAGUUGCUUUAGAGUCUGCUCACCUAGAUUUCGAUAGCGCUUCUCAGCAGGAGUGCCAGGAUAUUCUUGACUCAGUUGACCCUGUCAGUGCAGCAGAAGAACCAAAUAUGCAUACAUCUUACCUUGGUUCUGUGAGGCCUGAUUCUAAUGCUUCUCUGAGCAGUAUUAUUCCUCAGGUUGAUGGGUCAUCUGAUGAGAAACCAAAAGACCCCCGAGAAUAUGAUAAGAGCAAGAUCAUUAGGAAAAUUGUUGGGUCGCCUAGUUACACAUCUACUAAGAAUUCUUCAAAAUCAGCCGGUAAGCGUGCAGGAACUGAACAUCCCUGGGGUUCUUUGCCUCUUUCCAUCAAAAAGCGUCCACACGGAAAUGCUGAUGAUUCAGCAAGUGCAAUGCCAUCUCAGAAGGACUUAAGUUCAUCUUGCAAGAGUACAAUUGAGAAGAACUCGCAUGGUACCACAUGCAGCACUGUCAGGGAAUCUUCCAGUUUUGUAGGUGAACAUGAUUCAGUCUGUCAUUCUGUGAGGGACUUGAUGAGAAGGAAGAGAUAUUUUCGGCCUGAGCAGUUGGAGUUUGGUAGUUCUGGGGCUGUAACAUGCACCAUGGAUAAAGAGAAUAAGAUUGUGAAUUUUGGGGCAUUAGAAUUUCAUGAUUUCACAAGUGAUAUUUCAAACUCAGAAACACCUUAUUCUCGUGAUGAAUAUUUACAUAUGACGUUUGCACAGAAGCCUCCAUUGAAAAAUCAAGUUUGUUCUAGUUUGGAAAGUCCUUCAGGCUGUGAGCAACGUGAAUCUGCUAAACUGGGAUUAGUUGAUCUCCUUCCAUUUUUUAAUCAGAACAUGGAGGAGAAUAAGCACAAUGAAUCGUUUCAAUAUAUGGAAAGCAGUGAGUUCGCAGGGCGCAUAUUGGGUGUCCCAACUCAUUUUCAAAAUGAUGGCUCGGCCCUAUAUUUGCUGACACAUGCACUUUUGCCGCCAUCUGCAGUAGCUGUGGGCCAGUGGCUAACCCAACAAUCUUGUUCCGGUAGUUUCUCUGGUUACCCCAACUAUGGCGAGGGAGUGCCAGCUGAUAAGGAAGAGGCAAGCGGUUCUACUUUAUCACCAAAUUCUCCUAACAGAUCUGCCUGGGAGAAUUCCACAACGAAAUUUGCUGUCGAUGCAGAUGUGGUGGAAUCAGCUCUAUCUAACAAAGAAAGUAAACAUUUGGACAAUUGGCAUGACUUUUCCCAGAUAUCAGCUGGAGAUGAGAAGGAUAAGCUCACGCCUCUCAGUCAAAUUGGAUUUCGUGACCCCGCUGGUGUCGGUGGUGGACAACAACUGACUAUACUUAGCGUAGAGGUUUUAACAGAAAGCAGAGGAGAGCUGCGUCCUGAUCCACGGUUUGAUGCCAUCAAUGCUGUAUCUCUGGCCAUUGAGGAUGAUGCUGACAAUACUGUUGAAGUUCAUGUGUUUGUACGUGACAACAAUGACAAAUCACAUAGGAGGAGAAAUCUGGACGGUAUUGCCGGUUGUAAUGUAGAUGUCUUUCCUGAAGAGAAUGACCUUUUGAACAAUCUUAUUAGUGCAGUAUGUUCAAUUGAUCCAGAUAUCCUGGUCGGAUGGGAGAUUCAAUUAGGAUCUUUAGGAUUCCUUGCUGAAAGAGCUGCUCAUCUGGGUAUAGGCUUACUGAAAAGAAUUUCAAGAACACCACCGCAUGAGCUAAAUCAUCCACCUAAGAAUCCGGUUGAUGAAUCUAGUCAGGUGCUUCCUGAAGCAUCUUCUGCUGAUGAUGUUAUUAAUGAUGUCAGUGAGAACGAUUGGAGCCAUACUCAUGCUAGUGGUAUACAUAUUGGUGGAAGAAUUGUGCUUAAUUUAUGGCGUCUCAUGCGUGCAGAAGUUAAACUCAAUAAUUACUCCCUUGAGGCUGUAGCUGAUGAAGUACUGAGGCAAAAGAUACCACUGAUACCAAGCAAGAUAUUGAAUCGAUGGUUUGGAACAGGUCCUGGACGAGGAAGGCAUCGAUGCAUAGAAUAUAUUAGCAAUAGAGCUAGAGUCAACCUUGAAAUAAUGAAUCAACUUGACCUGGUCAAUCGAACAUCUGAACUUGCUCGCGUGUUUGGUAUUGACUUCUUCUCUGUUCUUUCUCGAGGGUCUCAGUAUCGUGUUGAAUCAAUGCUCUUGAGAUUGGCUCAUACACAGAACUACCUUGCAAUUUCCCCAGGAAAUCAGCAGGUUGCUUCUCAGCCAGCCAUGGAGUGCUUGCCGCUUGUAAUGGAACCAGAGUCGGCUUUCUACCCUGAUCCAGUUGUUGUAUUGGAUUUUCAGUCCCUCUAUCCUUCCAUGAUAAUAGCAUAUAACCUAUGUUAUUCUACAUGCUUGGGUAAAGUUUUCCCAUCAAAGUCAAAUGUACUUGGUGUCAGCUCAUAUUCAGCAGAUCCACAUACAAUUCUAGACCUGAAAAAUCAGCUGCUGGUUACUCCAAACGGGGUCCUGUAUGUGCAACCUGAGGUCAGAAAAGGUGUGCUUCCUCGCCUUCUAGAGGAGAUACUGUCAACAAGAAUUAUGGUGAAACAAGCAAUGAAAAAGCUGGGUCCAUCUCAGCAAGUUCUGCACAGGAUAUUCAAUGCACGGCAGCUUGCUUUGAAGCUGAUUGCUAAUGUAACAUAUGGCUACACAGCUGCUGGAUUCAGCGGCCGGAUGCCGUGUGCAGAGCUUGCAGACAGCAUUGUUCAAUGUGGUCGUAGAACGCUUGAAACAGCAAUAGCAUUUGUCAACCAGCAUCCUUUGUGGAAAGCUAGGGUUGUAUAUGGCGAUACUGACAGUAUGUUUGUUCUCCUAAAAGGGCGUUCUAGGGAAGAAGCAUUCAGAAUAGGAAAGGAGAUUGCCUCUGCAAUAACUGCGAUAAAUCCGGAUCCUGUCACAUUGAAGUUCGAGAAAGUGUAUCAUCCAUGCUUUCUUCUUACAAAGAAGAGAUAUGUUGGCUAUAGCUACGAGAGUCCUGAACAGAAUGAGCCAAUCUUUGAUGCAAAGGGGAUAGAAACAGUUCGGAGAGAUACAUGCCCGGCAGUUGCAAAGAUUUUGGAACGGUCUCUCAGAAUAAUGUUUGAAGAACAGGACUUAACCAAAGUCAGGUCAUAUUUGGAGCGUCAAUGGGCACGCAUAUUAUCAGGGAAAGUUUCUAUUCGAGACUUCAUCUUUGCGAAGGAGGUUCGCUUAGGUACUUACAGCACAAGGGCUUCCACUCUGCCACCUGCAGCAAUUGUUGCAACAAAAGGUAUGUUGUCUGAUCCGAGGGCAGAGCCUCGGUAUGCAGAGAGAGUGCCAUAUGUUGUAAUCCAUGGGGAACCAGGGGCUCGUCUGGUCGAUAUGGUUAUUGAUCCUUACGGUCUGCUAGAAGUUGGGUCUCCUUAUAGAUUAAAUGAAUUAUAUUACAUAGUCAAACAGAUUAUCCCUGCUCUGCAACGUGUUUUUGGACUCCUUGGUGCUGACCUGAAUAAGUGGUUUAAUGAGAUGCCUCGCCCCAUACGACCAAGUCUUGCGAAACGCCAGUCUGCUUCUGGCCAUCGUUUAUUUUCUCGUGAUGGCAGUUUCAUCCGAUUAGGAUUGAAUAAGAAAGCCUCCACCAAAGGAGGCAGGAUAGAUACAUACUACAUGUCAAGUCACUGUUCGAUUUGCGGUGAUAUAAUUCAAGGAUCAGACACCUUCUGCAACAGUUGCUUGAAAAAUGAAGCUAUUAUUGCCACAGUGGUUGCUGGCAGAACUUCAAAAUUGGAGCGAGAAAUCCAACAUCUUGCUGCUAUAUGUGGCCACUGCGGCGGUGCAGACUGGAUUGUUGAGAGUGGGGUGAAGUGUAUUUCCCUUGCAUGUCCAGUCUUUUAUGAACGGAGAAAGAUUCAGAGGGAGCUAAGAGUCGCCUCAGAAUCGGCAGGAGAAGCUGGGUAUUACCCGUUCUGCUGCGCUGAACUUUUUUGAGCAGUACUUUUUCGAGGUUGCAUCUUCCAUGUUGAUACCGUGUAAACUGUAAAAUCUGUAACUUGUACAUCACACAUGUGUGUAAUCGUUUCUGUUGUAACAUUGUAGAACAUGCAUUGAGCAAAGAAUUACAAUGUAUAAUGGACGAGGCCCAUUUGGAGGGAGA